AACUUGGAAUGAUACUGGAGCUUUUGUGACUCACCCAGAAGCUACAAUUACUGGAACUGAAAGCUCCGAGAGGAAUACAACUGCGAGGUAAGGAUUCUACUACUGUUAUUAUUCAAUCCGAGCCUGAGUUUUAUGGAUUCGGACUUUCUUCUCUACAGAUUUCUUGCUGACAAGGAAAAAUGGAGAACAAGUGUGCCAUCAAGAAAGACAUCACUGAAUUGAUUGGAAAUACGCCGAUGGUUUAUCUCAAUAACAUAACCGAAGGUUGUGUAGCCCGAAUAGCUGCUAAGCUUGAGUGCCUGGAGCCUGCCUUCAGUGUUAAAGACAGAAUUGCACAUAGCAUGAUCAAAGAUGCAGAAGAGAAGGGUUUGAUCACACCCGGGAAGACCGUCCUCAUUGAGGUAACUAGUGGUAAUACCGGCAUUGCAUUAGCAGCAGUGGCAGCAGCAAAAGGCUACAAAGUCAUUGCUGUGAUGCCAACGGUUAAAAGUAUGGAGAGAAGAAUCUUGAUGCUAGCCCUUGGAGCAGAGUUGUGCCUCACCGAUUCAGCAAAGGGCUUUCAUGGCGUUAUGGAGAAGGCAAAGGAGUUACUGAAGGUCACACCUAAUAGCCAUAUGCUUGAUCAAUUUGUCAAUGAAGCUAAUCCAGAGAUUCAUUAUGAAACAACUGGCCCAGAGAUAUGGAGAGACUCAGGUGGGAAAGUUGAUGUUCUAAUUGCCGGUAUAGGCACUGGCGGUACAGUCACGGGUGCUGGCAAAUUCCUCAAGGAGAAAAAUCCUGAGAUUAAGGUUUAUGGCAUAGAACCAGCAGAAAGUGCGAUCUUGAAUGGAGGAAAACCUGGUAAGCAUCAUAUUGAAGGCCUUGGUGCUGGGAUUGUGCCUGAUGUUCUGGAUGUACAGCUGCUUGACCAAGUCAUCCCAGUGUCAAGUGAGGAUGCCAUUGAAACUGCCAAGUUAAUUGCUCUUAAGGAGGGUUUGCUGCUAUUUCUGGAAAAAUCUCCCGUUACUGCUGCAGCUCUGAACCUCGCCAAGAUGUCUGAAAAUGCUGGAAAGCUCAUUGUGGUCAUCUUCGCUAGCGCAGGGGAACGGUACUUGUCCACCAAGCUAUUUGAUUCUGUAAGGCGCAAGGCAGAGAGCUUAAUAGGCAACACUCCAAUGGUAUACUUGAACAAUAUUGUCGAUGGUUGUGGAGCACGAAUCGUGGCGAAGCUUGAAAACAUGGAACCUUGCUCUAGUGUUAAAGAUAGGAUUGCAUAUAGUAUGAUCAAAGAUGCUGAAGAUAAAGGCCUCAUAACCCCAGGGAAGUCGGUGUUGAUUGAGCCUACUAGUGGAAACACUGGCAUUGGUUUGGCAUCCAUAGCUGCAGCAAAAGGUUACAGAGUUAUUCUUGUCAUGCCAUCUUCAAUGAGCAUUGAGAGAAGGAUUGUCCUUUUGGCCCUUGGAGCCGAGGUUGUCCUAACAAAUCCAGCCAAGGGAUUCAAUGGGGCAUUGGAAAAGUGUGAGGAGCUAGUAAGCAACACACCAAAUGGUUACAUGCUCAAGCAAUUUGAGAAUUCUGCAAAUCCACUGAUUCAUUAUGAAACUACUGGACCAGAGAUCUGGAGGGACUCAGGAGGUAAAGUUGAUGCGCUGGUUUCUGGCAUAGGGACUGGUGGGACUGUGACUGGAACUGGCCAGUUUCUUAAGGAGCAAAACCCAGAAAUCAAGGUAUAUGGUAUAGAGCCAUUUGAAAGUUCUGUCCUGAAUGGUGGAAAGGCUGGUGAGCAUUUGAUCCAAGGAAUUGGUGCUGGGAUCAUCCCUCCUGUACUGAAUCAGGACUUACUUGAUGAAGUUAUUAUGGUAUCAAGUGAAGAAGCCAUUGAAACAGCCAAACUUCUGGCUUUGAAAGAAGGGUUGUUGGUUGGGAUAUCAUCAGGCGCCGCAGCUGCUGCUGCUAUCAAACUAGGGAAGAGGCCUGAAAACAAGGACAAACUCAUUGUUGCGGUCUUCCCCAGUGCAGGAGAGCGAUACCUGUCUACUGCGCUCUUUGACUCCGUUAGGAGUGAUGCAGUAAAGAUGACAAUACAUGACUGAAAUGUGCUGCUUGGAGUUUGGAAGAAGUUUUAUCUCUUGUGUUUCUUUAGUAUUUUUUCAUCUCGUUUGGACUUGGAAAGCCAGAAGGCAAAGGAAUGCAAAAAAAUUCAUAGUGAAGAUAUGAAAUUUCAUUGAGGAAUCUGGAUUUGUCUUUGAAUUUCUACAUAUUUAUAUCUACAUAUAAUAAAGUAGUUUAAGGCAUGAACUAACUUUUUAUUCACU